GACACAAGUUAACUAUAUUAUUUGGAGAUCUGUAGACAGCCUGCAAAAUAUUCUUAUUGAUUCCGGCGAGAAAUUCGAAACUUUCUUGCAGCAGGAGCUCUUGGGUGAGACUGCCCCGUCGUCUAGAGAUCUCACCUGCAUUCAAUAUGUGUCACAAGCUUUCUACCUGGUCAUGUAUCGCAUACUGUAUGAGAAGCAUCUUUCUCUGGAGAAAUUACAGACGGUGAAGGCCAUAUUAACAGAAUUUAAGGCGCUGUUGUAUACUCGGCUUUUUGGAAACACAUGGAUAAACAGAAGAGACUACAUUGAUGAAAAGAUUGAAUCAAUAUCAACAAGUGUAAUGUAUCUCAAAGAGGCAACCAACACAACCUUUGUGGAAGCCUUUUAUGUAAAUGUGACGAUUGACGAGAGCAACUUCAUAAACAACGUUAUUUCAAUCAAGAAAGACGCCUUUGCUAAACUUCUCAAAAGCACUAUGGAUUACACCAAAGCUGUAGACCCAACACGACCUCAAGAGUUCCUCAUGAUGCUAAUCUCCCAUUUGCCAGAAAUGCAAUUAACCUCAGUCGCGGUUCAGCGUCCGCUUUUUUGUUGA